GAAUAUCUGACAUAUAAUAAAGCUCCUUCAAGCGGGUUGGUUCAGGGCUUCAAUACUUCAAUUCAUGUACACAGUACACCUAAACCACGCUUUGGUCGAUAUGUACCGACAAAAGUUCUCCAAGUACGAGCAUUAGGUUUCACCCACGUACCAUGGCCUGACAGAGGCAGCUACUGGUGUACGUAGUAGUACAGUUGAGCGAGAGUUAAGCUUAUCAGAGUCAGAUAUGGGGCUUCUGGGAAUCUGGGCGGCCAUUCUCAAUACGCCUUGUGCUUAUUUCUGGGGGAGGAAAUGGAAUUUAUUUGACCUAGUGAUGGUAGCGAUGUUUGUGUCGAUCCAUGUCCUUUGUUUAUUUGCACCAUUUCAUUUCAACUGGUCUGCGUUUUUCCUCAUGUUGGCUCUCAGUUAUGCCACCGGCUUGGGAGUAACUCUGUCUUACCACAGAAACCUUGCGCACAGGAGUUUCAGGCUUCCCAAGUUUCUCGAGUACUUGUUUGCCUAUAUCGCUGUUCUUUCCGCUCAGGGAAGUCCAAUUGACUGGGUGAGCACACAUCAUUACCACUACCAGUAUACAGAUACAGAGAAAGAUGCUCAUAGCCCUCUUAAGGGUUUUUGGUUUAGUCACAUGGGAUGGAUUUUGGAUAGCAAUACGCGCUUCGGAAGAUAUGGUGGACUGAAAAAUGUUGAAGAUUUGAAAAGGCAGCCAUUCUAUAGGUUUCUUCGUCAUACGUACUUUUUACACUCGUUUAUUCUUGGAGGAAUUCUAUAUGUCCUUGGUGGGUUUCCCUUCAUCGUUUGGGGAAUGGGAGUGAGAAUGGUAGUUGUUUUCCAAAGCACUUUGCUAGUCAAUUCAUCUGGCCAUACGUGGGGGUAUCAAGCAUGGAAUACCGGUGAUCUAUCUAAGAACCUUUGGUGGUUGGGAAAUGCACAACAACCACCACGCUUUCGAAUACUCGGCUCGACAAGGCCUUGAAUGGUGGCAGAUUGACGUGACUUGGUACGUCAUAAAGUUUCUUGAAACUUUAGGGUUGGCAAAAGAUGUGAAACUACCAUCCGAAGCUCAUAAGAAACGCAAAGCUUUAGAGACCAGAGCAAUGAUGGCUACUCAUGAAAUAAGCUACAAAGAUUAAAUAGUUUUCUUAAUUUGCUAUUAAUUAUGUGAUAUGGAUAGCUACGCACUACCCCCUGAAUUUUAAUUUUAUACUUUAUAUAUGUUGUGGUGAAUAAAAUUCUUGCAUGGAAUGCAUGUCAGUUUGUACUCUAGCUAAU